AUGCACCAUCGUGAAAUACACCUCCGGACUGUUACCGACAAGGAAAACUGCAUUCGGCACGAAGGUCGAUGUCGUUCUGUUCAGCGAUUGGAGACCCUCUCAUUCAGGAUGUCACGUGGGGCGUCGGCACGAAGCCCGGAGGCGCCGAAACUCCUGGGUCGCUUUCAUACCUUUUGUUAUACUUAAAGCACGACGUUGAAGCCUGCACGGGGAAUAUUAGCGGGCUCACUAGCGAGAGAAGAUUGGUCCAUUGUCUCCUGAAGGCCAUCAGCCAUCUCAGUAUUUCACGUAUCGGUUGAUUGCCCGAUACACGGUCCUCGUCCACGAUGGCUUCCUUCAUUCCCAGUAAAGCUCUUGUCGAGCAAUUUCACCGUGAUGGUUACCUCCUUCUCGGGGCUGAACAGCAUGGUCUGGUCGACCCCAAGGACCUGCAAGCAUGGACUAAGCAGGUCCGAGAAUGGCCAACGGAGAAGGGCAAGUGGAUGCCAUAUCACGAGGUAAAUGUCAACGGCACGCGCCAGCUUCUGCGGACGGAGAACUUUGUCGACUACCAUCCAGACUUCCAUGCAGUGUUGUGUGGCGAUGCAUUGGCGCAGAUAUUGAAGGCCAUUUCCGGGGAUGAAAUGCUGCUAUUCAAGGACAAGAUCAACUACAAGCUGCCAUUUGGCAAUGGCUUCGCGCCACACUUGGAUGCUCCUGCCUAUGACCACAUUGGCAAGAUUGAGCACUUGACGGCCAACUUCUCUGUUGAUGAGGCCACACCUGAAAAUGGCUGCAUCGAGGUCGUGCCUGGUUCACAUGAAAUGGACGUCGAACUCUCUCAUGGCGGUGCCAUCUCCAAAGCCUGGGAAGACAGCCACGAGUGGACACAGGUGCCUCUGCAUCCUGGCGAUGUUUUGUUGUUCGGAAGUCACCUUGCUCAUCGCAGUGGGCCCAAUCGGACAAACGGCAGUCGAAGUAUGAUCUAUGCGACUUACCAUGGUAAAAGUGACGGAGAAAACCUGAGGCAGGAGUACUAUGAGCACCGGAGAGAGAAUUUCCCACCCGACCACGAGCGCGUCCCUGGCAAGGACUAUUCACAAGGGUAUAAGAGGUAUGCCUUUGCCGCGCCCUUUGUGGCCGAGAAAGAUGUCGAGCAGCCGAAGGUUACGAUUCAGGCAGUCCAUUGAAAAAGCAUCAACGGGAGAAAAAGCGAUGCGUGUUCGAUAAUCCAGUGCGGUACUGCAUAGCAUUCUUACUGGUGAGAUGCACGACUGAUCAUCCUCUUGUGGUUGUUUGUACGUAGGAGAGAGAGGAAAAAGAAUCAAAUCUGGAUUUAGCGAG